AUGACCGUCCUACUGGCUCUGGUCUUCCUCGCCGCGGUUGAGCUCGUGGCCGGCCACGGCGCAAUCACGUCGGCCACCGGCAACGCGGGCGGCAGCGGCAUGGCGCUCGGCAUCGACACCAGCACGCCGCGCGACGGCACGGGGCGCAACCCGUUCCAGCAGGACAGCACGCGCUUCCGGGGCGCCUCGGCCAAGACGCUGGGCGAGACGCUCGGCGGCGGCCCCAACCAGCUUGAGGCCGGCACCAGCAAGAUCCUCGCCGAGACGGGCGGCUCGCUGCCACAGAUCACGCCCGGAGGCACCGUGAACAUGACCUUGCAUCAAGUCAACGCCGACGGCGCCGGCCCGUACACGUGCAUGAUCAACGCCGACGCCACGGCGCAGAGCUGGACCAAUAUCCAAGUGAUCCAAAACGUCCCCGGCCGCAACUCACGAAACGCCGCCGGCUCAAAAACAGACUUCCCCCUGACGGCCUCCAUCCCGGCCGGCCAGGCCUGCACCGGCACCGUGGCCGGCCAGACCGGCGUCUGCCUUGUGCGCUGCCAGAACGGCGCGCGCGCGGGGCCCUUCGGCGGCGUCGUGCCCGUGCAGAUGGCCGGUUCU